AUUCACUGAACCUGCAUUGGACCUUUUGUGGCGACACCUAGGCAGACUCGAACCUCUUAUCAGGUGUCUCCCACAAAGCCUAUGGAAACAGAACGGAAAUAGGCUAGAAUUUCAAAGAAGCAUAACCCUCGAUGACUGGUCCAUUUUUCGCAAAUACAACCACCGUGUCCGUUCAUUACUCAACGGGGGGUACUCGAAAGAAAUCUGGAGUGCCCUCAGCUGUCCUCCCUUUCUCCCUUCCCUUGCUCCCCAACUUGACAUCUCUUACUUGGACUAAUGCCUCCGACGAGACAUUUCAAUAUAUUCGGUUGUUUAUGACCCCAAAACUGACGAUGCUCCACAUUUCUACCGCUCAUCACGGUUCAUCCUUUACGUUUGGCCCAUCCGAACAGUCCAUCUUGUCAUCUGUCGCAAGGUCGUGCCCUUUGAUCUCGGAUUUCGGUUUCGAUUUUCGUCGAAAUAGGGAUCAAUCCACAGAAUCAGUCGGAGACCCGUCGACCAUGUUGCAAUUAUGGUCUCAACUAACAUCAGUGAGGACUAGAACAUUGUCCGAAGCAGCGAUACUACAUCUGUCCAACUUGCCUUCACUCCGAGUUUUGAAAUUCACAUUACCUUCAACUCUCGUAUCUGCCGAUACACGAAAGCUGCUGCAGCGUCCUGUGUUCUGCGCAUUACAAGAACUGGACAUAUCAUGCAAAAAUAUGGUCUUCUUGGAUACAUUUCUAGAGAAGCUCACUGUCACUCCAAAAGUAUUAUCCUUUACGAUCACUCAUGGAGUGGAUUCCGCACGGGUCCUGCCGGGUCUGAUUUCUCGUCUAUUCAAUGCAUGUGCGCACAACUCACUGCGACAGGUACGGCUCAGCAUCACUAAUCGUGAGCUCGCUGAUCGUGGUACUUCACUGGGAGCUGCGGCCUUUCAACCAUUCUUUGCCAUUCGCAAUCUUCGCAUGUUCAACUUCGCAACGAGUGGCUAUUGUGCUGUGCGACUGGAUGAUGCUACCCUUUUGCAGAUGGCUAAGGCCUGGCCCCUCCUGGAAGAUUUAUCUAUCACCGGAUACUCCGAUUCAAGUGAUCGAGUCACUCCGCACGCCUUCGUCUUGCUGCUGUCGCAUUGCCCGCGUUUAGUCUCGGUUGCUAUUCCUGUAGACUGGGGCAUGAUAGACAGGAGUGGCAUACCCCGUGACAUUCCUUACCAAGGAUUUUACCACAACAUACUAUCCCGUUUAGUCUUUCGAGGAACAAGGAUCGACAGUCCAAUAUCAAUUGCUGCUUUCAUAUCAGCCAUCGCGCCCAAUGUAACAUCAAUUGAGGGAGAUGAUUCCUGGAGCAUGGUUGAGGAUCUGGUCAUGGCUGUACCUGCUAUCCGUGAGCAGGGGAUGAGAAUUAUGCUGAAUAGAAUGGGAGUCGAGGAAAAUAGCGGAAACGAGGGCGACUCGGAAUACUAAAUGGACCUUUCUUACUCAUUUUUGUCUUCAUUCCUCCAAAUCGGAGUCCAGCGACGAAUCUCUUUCCCAUCCAUGUCUCGCAAUUUUACAGCAGGACUACAUACGUCACAGUCCUGAUAUAUUGAUGUGCUAUUCAAUAUUUGUUGUAGUAUACGGAUACAGAACGAUCAUCAAUCAG